AUGGGGAAUACUAGUGAUGCAAGUGAAGAGAAAAUGCAGAUGAUGGAGAAUACUAGUGAUGCAAGUGAAGAGAAAAUGCAGAUGAUGGAGAAUACUAGUGAUGCAAGUGAAGAGAAUGUUAAACCCGACAGUCUUUUAGAUGUUGUACUCUCAUGGCCCAUGGAGGAUGUUCUGAAUGAAAAUCUUUACAAAGACAAGGAAAUGGUCAAAAAAAUGCGACAUGCUCUUGAUUUGCUAAGGUCUAUGAGAAAUUCCUUGAUGCAAGCCAAAUUCAAGGAAACUAACUUUGAUUGUAUAGAUGAAAGCAUUCCUGCUUACUUUCAACCGUUGUACGUCAAAAAAGAUGAGUGCCUUAGCAUCCUAAGUUCGCUUUCUGAGACAGUUUCCCUUCCUAAAUUUCGCAAUAGAGCGCAAGUAGCAGAGUUUUGCUUGUCGAAUACUCUUCUAAUUUUUUGUACUGCAUCAAGUUCUAUUAAAAUGCAAAACUUACGAAUGGUGAAACCAGUGCAAUUUUUAGUAAUCGAUGAAGCCGCACAGCUAAAAGAAUGUGAAUCAACAAUUCCAUUACAGUUGCUAGGUCUCCGGCACUGCAUCCUAAUCGGAGAUGAUAGACAACUUCCUGCAUUGGUAAAAAGCAAGGUUGCAGAUAAGUGUGAAUUUGGGCGAAGCAUGUUUGAGAGGCUUGUAAGGUUGGGAUUCGAAAGGAAAAUGCUUAAUAUUCAAUAUAGGAUGCAUCCAUCCAUUAGCUUGUUCCCAUGCAAAGAAUUCUAUGAUGGAAAACUAUCUGAUGCUCCAGUUGUCCGAGAAGAAAGCUAUAAGAAGCUUUUCCUUGAAGGAGAAAUGUAUUCUUCUUAUUCUUUCAUUAACAUAGCUAAAGGUAAAGAGAAACUUGUACAUGGACAAAGUCGGAAGAACAUGGUUGAGGUUGCUGUUAUUGCUGAGAUAAUUCAAAACCUUUAUAAAGUAUUCAGAAGGACAAGGAAGAGUGUUAGCAUAGGAAUAAUAUCUCCGUAUAAUGCUCAAGUUUAUGAAAUCCAGGAGAAAGUUAAGCAGUACCUGUACACUUGGAUUUCUAAUUCUGGCUUCUCUGUUAAUGUUCGUUCUGUGGAUGGCUUCCAAGGUGGAGAGGAAGACAUCAUAAUAAUAUCUACGGUGAGAUCUAACGGGAGUGGCAACGUCGGUUUUCUUUCAAACAGACAAAGAACAAAUGUGGCUAUGACUAGGGCCAGAUAUUGUCUUUGGAUAUUAGGGAAUGCAACUACUUUAAUCAACAGUGACUCGGUUUGGAGAAAUGUAGUUCUUGAUGCUAAGAAAAGGGGUUGUUUCUAUAAUGCUGAAGAGGACAAGAAAUUGGCACAGGCUAUUGGAUUCAAGCUCCAACUACUUGAAGAAUCUGAGCCUCGAUUUAAGAAACCAAAGUUAGUUGGAGAGUUCGAUUUAAGAAACAAAAUCAAUAUUUUGAGGAAUCCGAGUCUCUAUUUAAUGGAAAAUUAA